CUACUCAAUGUAUAUACUAAACGAGGCGAGGAAUGCACCGUGGAUGUAUUGUUGAACGUUUAACUGUUGGAAGUUUAUGUAUUUAAUGAAACCGAUGCUGAACGGAUUACGAAAGUGUCAAAUUGAAAAUCAAUGUGUUCAGAUUAUGUUUUCAUGGAUUUAAAACACAAAGGAAUGGUAAAGUUCUGGAGUUUGAAGAACGCGAUACAUAGCACUUCAAAUAAUUCAUUAAAACACGUAUAUUUCGUAACAAUUUGUGUUUAAAACAGUGUAGAGUACCGAUUUAUGAGUGGAUUUUAUAUACUAGACAUACAGUUGUCACCGAUUUUAAUACAUUAAUGUAUUAAUUUAAAAGUUUAAAAGUUAAGUAUUAUACUGAAAUGUGUAUGCAAGCGCGUGACGUGUUGACUAAUUUAAUCAAAAUACAAUCAUGUAAAACGCAUAAUGUGUAAAAUCAGCCAAAUGAGAUAUGGAAAUAAAUAUCAAAAUGAACAAUGAAUUGUUUCGAAUUUGACUAUUUUGUACAAACAGAUAUGUUCUUGUCAAGUUUUGAGUGUGGUUGAAGAUACUAAUUGUUACAAAGUUUUUUUUUCAUUUUAUUAAGUGUUAUUUUGAAGGCGAAAGAAAAUAUUUAAAAGGAUUCUAAGCCUACCCGUGCAUGACAAAAAGCAGUGGUUAAAGUUACAGGUCCAAUUCAAACCUCCAACUUCAAUGAACUGGAUCCGAACAUUUGUGCCACCCGAAAAGCAAAGGACCCUCCCAACGCUAUGUUCGGUACCGGACUAAGGGAAGACAGCGUGCUUAAACCAUGUGACACAAAUGAAAGAACUAACCAAUGGUCUGGAUAUAAUGUUUUCAAAUGCCGGGGCUCCACGACGAUAUAAGGUUAUAUAUUUAGUUUGGUUGUUAAUAUUAUUUCUGGGGAAAGCUAAGAUCUGUGCAGGCGUGGCUCUAGAUGACUUCUACCCAUUCGAUAUUGACGGUCAGGACAACAAAACAGAAUACAAGGACGACGGUGGAUCAGAACUUAUUCAGCUUGACGUAGAUUUUCCAUUUUUCAACUACACAUAUUCAAGUCUUUACGUGAAUAACAACGGGAUUAUUUCAUUUGUGGAAAAGUUGAAAUCAUACAAACCGCUCAAUUUCAACGAUAAAGAAUUUAAGGACGAUAUACCAAUUGUGGCCCCAUUUUGGGCCGACGUUGACAUGGAGAACUUCCGGGACGUCGACUUGGGUGAAUGUGUUGUCUAUAGGGUAACUAACGAUAGUGCUUUAUUAAAUCGAUCUGCUGAAGACAUUAGGGAACAUUUCGCAGGACAAAAGGAUUUUACGGCUAAACAAAUGAUUAUAGUCACGUGGUAUAAAGUUGGAUUUUACGGGGCAGCCGGUGACGGCAAAACGAAAAGAAACACUUUUCAAGCCGUGCUUGUGACGAGUGGAGUAAAGUCCUUUGCCAUAUUUAGCUACAACAAAAUCGUGUGGACCACAGGUUCGAACAGUGGGGGAGGAACAGACACGGGUCUAGCCGAUACCAGUGUCGACACCGAUGCACACCCAGCUGUUGUUGGCUUCUCGUCAGGUGACCUACAGCAGUAUUACUUGCUCGAGUACUCUGGUACAGACGAAAUAAUAAACAUUGGUAGACGGAGUAAUAUCGGUAUACCAGGAAAAUACAUUUUCCGACUUGACGGCACAGUUGACGAUCAAAGUUGCGGUGGCGAGAAAAUAGAAAUUUUUCCGUCUUCCGUAUCUAUGCUGGGAAGAGAAGCAAUUAGAGUUACCGGCCCUUGUUUGUCUGAAGUCACAGAAGUCAAGGCACGUAUCAGGGAGUUAAAUUUAGAGUUCAAUUGUCACGUGAUUCAGGAUCAGUCAGCGUUGUGCGUGAUACCAAGCUUAUUCAGAACGGGAGAUUUAACCUUCGAUUUUCUCCAAAACGGUGAACGGUGGGAAUAUUCAACAACGAUCACUAGCGAAAACAUAAUGAAUAUACCAGCAAAAAUAGUCCGUCAACAAGUCACGAAAUGGGAUCUCAAUAAGAAAGUAACUGUGAGCUGGGACCUAAACUCCGCCCCUAGACAUAAAGAAAAAACAUUGGACGUUUUAGGUUAUAUAGCUCAUAUCGACGAAGAAGAGCCUCGUUUUGAAAUUGUGCAAAAUUAUAGUGGACUUCUGACAGAGACAUAUACUUUUAAGUUAUUGUCAGAAAUGAUAGACACACAGAAGUUGAAGUUAAAUUCACGUGUAGGAGUGGAUAGUCUAGUCAUGCGUCUGUGUUGGAUGGAUGAACACCAUCCGAAAACAUUGCCUGUUUGUAUUUGGUCGGAUGUGUUUCCGGUUCGAUGGAAGAGUUCGAAUUCAAUAUACUCGGAACAGUGGUGUGAAGAUUGGUUAAAUAGUGAACAAAAUUUCCCACCAAUUACUUUAAACCCGCCAAGUUGCCCGUGCAUCGCAUCAAUGGCGGGAAAUGACUCUGGACAUUUCCAGAAGGACCCUCUCUGUGAUAUAGACAAAUCUAGUGUUAAUACAAAUUGUGUAUAUAAUCCAAAUGCUCAUAAGUGCUAUAGAAGAAAUUUAAGAAGUGUGGAUGGAAGCGGUACAACAUGUUGCUACAACAAGCAAGGGAAUCUAAUGGACGUCCGUAAGUACCCAGGAUCAGGGACACACCAGCGGUACCACUAUCGAGCUCAGGGAUAUACAGCAGUGCCUUUCUUCUCUUACUUCGAGUCAGACCUUCUCCCUAGACUUCACUGUUGUCAGUACUCAGAUAAACAUUGUAAAAAGGAAUUUGUCAAAUAUAGACCUGCCACUACGUGCCAAGAUUAUAAGCCGCCUAGUCCAGCCCAGGCCGCGGGCGAUCCUCAUCUAGUGACCCUGGAUGGCAAGAGUUAUUCUUUCAACGGGGUCGGGGAUUUUUAUCUAGUCACUGAUCAAAACUCGUCAAUUGUGAUACAAGUCAGGGCGGAACCAGCAAGAGACAACAAUGGUGAAUUACAAAAUGCUACAGUAUUCAGCAGUAUUGCGGUGGCGAUGCCUCUGUCCAGCGAUACGGUAGAGAUUAGGAAGACUGGGGAAGGCUCGGAGGUUCUUGUAAAUAGCGCGCCCUUUACUACAACCAAAUCAACUACCUCACAAUUUCAAAAUAUUUCACUGUUACACAACGACGAUGGUAGUUUCCUCAUUGUUUUGGAACCAGUCAGUGUUUCUGUUACAGUCGAGGUCACGCCAGAUCUUCUAAACAUUAUCGUACUCAUUGGUGAAGAUUCAUUAAAAGGAGAGAUACUCGGGUUAUUGGGAAACUACAAUGGCAACUCUAGUGAUGAUUUUAUUGCAAGAAACAGAACGAUGUUGAGGUCAUCGUCAUCUAUGAGAGACAUUCACUUUGACUUCGGAUUAACUUGGAAAGUACCACAGAACGAGUCCAUCAUGUCAUCACCACCCAUGGAACUAAGUGCAGACAUAAAUUUCCAACCCGUAUUUAUAGACGAACAAUCAGAAGAAACUGUCAGGAACGGUACAUACGAAAUCUGCGGUACAAAUUUGCAAUGUAAAUUUGACUAUAGUGUGACUGGAAAGGAGUCAGUGGCAAAAAGCACAGCACAGUUCACAAACAAGUUUGAAGCUUUGAAGAAAGAGCUUGAUCAGAAAGUUGUGCGAUGCCCUUACCUCGAUACACCUACAAAUGGCAACAUGACACAAAACGGCGAUUCUGAGGGCGCAGUCGCAACAUUCACGUGCGAUACUGGAUACGAGAUGAUCGGUGGAACAGCAACACGUGUUUGUCAGGAAAAUAACGUUUGGAGUGGCUCUGUGGUCAUAUGUGCGGCAAAAGUAGCAGACGAUGGAGAAGGUUUUUCCCAAAAGAUAGUGAUAGUAGCGACAGUGUCUGCUACAGGAGGAAUCGUCCUGAUAUUGAUCGUUUCUGUUGUCGUCUGCUGCAUGAGGAGACGUAGAAAAAGCAAACCAAGUAGUGUAGAAAUGACUGACAUCAACAACAUUCCUAUAUUUCAAAACCCUGCUUUUAUGAAGAAAUUGCAAGAUACUGUUGCAGACGGACCAUUUAGGAUACCUCGACCGAAAUAUGCUGACCCAAGCAUAUUCGUUGAUUAUUUUUGAAACUGACAAAGUCAGAUUCUUAGUGUAAAGCAUGGAGGGUGCUAUUAAAGAAUUAAAGAAUUGAUGAAGCAUUCGGUAGCAUAGAAAGUAACCGAUUUACAAAAUAUGAGAAAGAAUCUACAAACAGUAAAGCUUAUUUAUGAGAUUAUGCUACAGACACGAGAAUGUAAGCAAAAUAACGCAAGUUUAUGACGUAGAUCGUAGAAUGAUGAAGUGGUGAUACCUGAAAACUAAAUAUAGAACUUGACAUUACAUGUAGCUGACACAGGAAGUUCAAAAUGACAGGCGAUGAUGAGAUUAAGGUGACGCGUGUGACUUUGUAUUAAAUGGUUUUUACGUUGAACUGCUGUGAUUCAUUUUCUACUGCGGAAGUUAUUAAGGUCAACUAAGGCAGUUUGAUAGGUUCAGCGAGUCGAUUAUGGAUUUGUCAACUUUAGAGUGACCAAAAUAUACGAGAUAAAGUAUGAAAGGUUGAAACACGCAAAAUUGCCAAAUAUUAACAGACCUAGUCAAGAUAACCAGCAUUUACAAUUUACAAAGGUUUCAACAGGCUUUAAGUCCAUACUGAAUAAUCAUGAAUCGUUUCGCUAACAUGUAGAAAUUCAGGUAUUUGAGGAUAUCAAAAAAAAAAAAAAAACGUCUUGUAGUACGUUAAUAUGUUUUUAGAGGAAACACUCCCGUUAUCGGAGAGUUUAUUGCAUGUGCACGUGCUUGAAGAAUGAUUAUAUAGUUGCACGACCAAUCCUCGAUUCAUGGUCGUCUAAUGGAGAUGUUUCUAAAUAUCCAAUUAUUCAGUUUUGUUAAAAUUAUGAAAAUUUGAAGUAGCAAUGAAACCUACGCAGACAACACUAAAAAUUAAAAACGAUUAAUAGAAAGUGGCCGAAAAUGAUCGACACUGAAUAAACACGAAACAAAUCCAUAAGGGCAUCCGAAAAUGAAACUUGUUAAUGUAUUUUCUUAAACUAGUCUUAUUUUCCAAUGCUGUAUCGAAUUCAGCCGGCUUUGUUAUGAAUUGUAGAUUAUCAUAGACGUUACUAGAACCAUUCUAUGAAUAAUGGAACAUUUUACAAACUGCAAAGCAGUCACAAUUACAUGUAAGCAUAUUCACCGUGUCAAUGAAAAGAUAUCAGUUAAACUUCCAUAUAAUUAUUUUACUCAGACAAUUUUACAUUUCAUGUGCAAGUGACGAGAAAUAUUGAUGAGAUUCGGUACACUUCCGGGAAGAUCGAUUUGGUCUUGCAGUUUCGCUUAGUUUAAAUGAAAUCUGCCAAACGAAAAUCUGCAUUAUUUUUGUUGUAUGAAUAACACUUUCACUUAGACAUGGUAACUUUUUAUUGACACUUGGUGCAAUGCGUUUCCACGGACAGUCAGUCAGGGUGCUUUUAUAAGAAUAAAAAAAUAAAGCCUAGCACUAUCCAUAUGUAAUGUAAUCCUGUAUUUGUCCAUAUUUUGCCAUUUUCUCACAACUUAAGUUACGCAACUCAUUUAUGUAUACUUCUGUUUAAGGUCUCACUUAUUCUAGUGUAAUAUGAAGAAAUGGUGCUUCUAAAAUAUUGGUGCCAUUAAUUUAUAAAUUUUGGUUUUGUGCGAAUGUGUAAGUAAAGGUACUCUCCGUAAUAUGCAAGUUGUUAAGCAUGAAAGACAAUGAAUUACUCAUGUUGAUGUUCAGCUGGACCGUCUUGCCAUAGAAACAGUAUCAAGGUGUAUAUGUGGACUUCGUAAAAGAGAUUGAAAAUCAAUACUUUCUACUGUCCUGUAACAUUUGUUAUGGUAAAUUCAGUUGGACGCGUAUUGCAUAAAUAGUUAAGUAUUUUCUUAGAACUUUCAUUAUGUUCGUGAUUUACUGAUACAAUAUCAAGAUUUCCGUCAAUGGCAAACGUUGUAUUUCUCUAACACUGACAAUUAUAACAUGAGAAGUGGAAUGUUGUUAUUUCCGAAAAUGGAAGUUUCCUGUGUUAAUUAUGAAUCUUUAGUAUGUAAUAAAGAGAGGGAAAUAAUUUAGUUUUCCGAACAAUUUUCUAUUGGUUUAGGUAUUUUCUUGAUUAUUAAUUUGUUUACUUAAAAUAUUCCUCUUUGUCGUGAAUUUAAGAUCGUAAAAGAAAUCUUUAAAGCAGACGACUUUAUCAUAUGCAAGAAGAAAAAUAUCAACACCUGUCAAAAAUCAACGCUAUUUGUAAAACACAGUAGAGUUUUCUUCUGUUUUGAGAAGAUAUUAAAUACAUAUUUGAAAUAUGUAGCUGACACUUUCAGUAUUCUUCCUGUCAUUGUUGGAAUAUGAUCGUUUGAAAGAGGGCCUUACCUGUUGUAUCAUGGUGUAUUGAUGUAAAUGUUUGCGAUGUACGUUGCAAGACCAAGUCUGCAUUGUUAUUAGAAGUAUGUUAUAGUUCUAAAUGUAUGGGCGAAAUAAAAACGUUUUAACCUUUACCCUGCGGAUUGGUCCAUCAUCCAAUUUGGGUAGUACCACAUGUUUAUUAAAGGAGUGUUCACUGAAAAUUAACUGACAACAGCGAACAGUGCAGACCAUGAUCAACCUGGACGGACGUGCAGGCUGAUCUUGUUCUGCACCGGUCGCAAAGACAAAGUCGCCGCCAGGAGGCUAAACGUUAAGAUAUCAAUGUUCAGAGAAAAAAAUCGUACCGUUAAUCGAUUUUGUUGUUGUAUAGUUAUGUUGUGACAAUCCAUCCUAAGAUACACCUAUUCAGUGAGUAGUUAUACCAUAUCUAUUCUUGAUAUGCAACUCAAGUGGGUCAAAUAUUUUAUAACUGUGUCAUAUUUUGAAUAUACUGACAUUGUCGAGGACUAAAGUGAUCAUAAAAUGCGUUUGUCUGGACAAUUAUCAGUUUCUAUACAUGUGUACCCAUGUCACAACAACACAAGGUCUUCACGGCAAUUUUUCUCCGUGAAAAUGUCUAUAUAAACGAUAAAAGAAAAAUAUUACCGUGUUUAUGGAAUAAUUAUUUGUCAGCAGCAGUAUGAAACAAUGAAUAUGUUACAUUUUUAUAUUUGUAUAUAUUGUGUUUAUUCAUUUCUCAUUUUACUGCAUUUUAUAAGUUUUGUUUUAACAUUUUAUUCAAUCAUUUCAUUUUAUGUACUGAUGUAAGUAUUGUUUUUAUGUAAAUUUCAUCCAGUUGUUAAAAUUUUAACAUUGCAACUAUUUGUUAUUAUUUAUUUCAUGUAAAAUUGAAAGCGACACAAUGAGAAAAAUAAAACAUUACAACUUUA